UUCUCCACACUUUUCUUUUUUAGUCUCACUCGUACAGGUGAUGUGAGAGGCAUACAUUGCAGCUUCUUACCAAAUUCCCCAAAACCCAGGAUUUAAAGUGUCAUGCAGGGAAAGUUUGGAUUGGCUGAGACAUCAUGACCUGGACAAGCCCUUUGACCCUUUUUCAACGUGGCUGGACAAGGCACAGGGACCAGGACAGACCCAUCAGGAAGGUGGUCUCCAACCUGCCCUUCGAAGACCUGAGGAAACGUGAACAACCGAACCGGCAGUAUGAGGGCAACGCCAUCAAAACCAACAAAUACAGACUGUGGUCUUUCCUCCCCAUGAACUUAUUUGAGCAGUUCCACCGUUUGGCCAACAUUUAUUUUGUGGGCCUGGCCAUCUUGAAUUUCAUCCCAGUGGUGAACGCGUUCCAGCCGGAGGUGGCUCUCAUUCCCAUUUGUAUCAUCCUGGCACUGACCGCUGUCAAGGAUGGCUGGGAGGAUUUCCGGCGGUACCAGACUGACCAACAGCUCAACAAUAUGCCCUGCUUCAUAUUCAGAAGGAGGCUGAUGUGUUUCGUGGAGAGGCGCUGGAAGGAUGUUCGGGUGGGGGACUUUGUGAAAGUGCUCUCUAAUGAAAUCAUCCCAGCAGAUAUCCUGCUCCUGCACACGUCCGACCCCAAUGGAGUGUGUCAUAUGGAGACUGCAAAUCUGGAUGGAGAAACCAACCUCAAGCAGAGAAAGGUGGUGCCAGGCUUCUCUACUCUGGGUGAACCCUUUCAACCUCAGACAUUUGACAGCACAGUUGUGUGUGAAAACCCCAACAACAACCUCAACCUGUUCAAAGGUUUCAUAGAGAGGCCUGAUAAGAGGAGAAGCGGCUUCGGCAUCGACAGUCUUCUGCUGCGCGGCUGCACUGUCAGAAAUACUGAUGACGCCGCUGGAAUAGUGGUGUACGCAGGACAUGAGACCAAAUCCAUGUUGAACAACAACGGGCCCAGGUACAAACGCAGCAAGAUUGAGAGGAAGAUGAAUACGGAUGUUCUCUUCUGUGUGCUUCUUCUAUUUUUCAUGUGUCUCAUCGGAGCCCUGGGCCAUGCGAUCUGGUUGGAAACUUUUAGCACCAUGCCCUCAUACAUCGUCCCUGACAGUAAUGGCAAUUAUAUCUCUUCAGCGCUGGCAGGAUUUUACAUGUUCUUCACAAUGAUCAUCUUACUACAGGUGAUGAUUCCUGUGUCAUUGUAUGUGUCCAUUGAGCUGGUGAAGAUGGGUCAGAUAUUCUUCAUCACUCAAGAUGCAGAGCUUUACGAUCAGGAGCUGGACAGUCGAGUCCAAUGUCGUGCUCUGAACAUCACAGAAGACUUAGGACAGAUCCAAUAUGUCUUCUCUGAUAAGACAGGGACUCUUACAGAAAACAAGAUGGUAUUCAAGCGCUGCACCAUCAUGGGGACCGAAUACUGUCAUGAAGAGAACGCUGCUCGCUUGGCGGUCAUCAAUGGUGGAGGAAAUGAAGAGGAGGAGGUCACCAUCUACCAGAAGACAAAGCUUCCUCCACUCUUCCCUCUGGAAGAAUUACAGGACGACCACACGGGGCACAAAAAUCACGCCAACACUCAAGUCGCAGCUGCCAGUCGACGCAGAUCAAAAGUGGCAGCGGGAGCCCAAAGUGACAUGGCCUUCAGCAGUCCUCUGGAAACAGUGGUGGUUCCAGACAGGAAGCUAAUGCUGGAAGUGGACCAUCAGAUGGCGAGCAUUCAGACCGGGCCCUACCUGGACUUUUUUCUGGCGUUGGCCAUCUGCAACACAGUGGUGGUUUCCACAUUGACCGCCCAGAGACAGAGGGUCAAAGGCCGUCGUAACUCCUCAUACUCAGGAAGUUCGAGUCACAACAUGGGACAGUGGUUCAAAAUAAGCUCUCUGCAAAAGUUUUUCUCCUCUAUGAGGUUUAAGAGAAACAGAGAGACAAUGGCAGAUCCCUUUGCUAUAGAUGAAGACGAGCCAGACACAUUUCACAUCUCCAGUGUCUCAGACUCCAGGCCGGGCCAGAAGGUCAUUUCAAGUGAAGGCAAGGAUAAACGCAGUCUGUCGAGGUCAGAAGAGGUGUGUUAUGAGGCCCACAGUCCAGAUGAGGCCGCUCUGAUACACGCAGCAAAGGCUUAUGGGUUCACCAUGGUCGAACGCACUCCUCGUUAUGUGACUGUCAAGCUGCCCAAUGAAACGUUGCUGAAGUUUGAGGUGCUGGACGUCUUGACCUUCGACUCGACGCGGCGGAGGAUGUCCAUUAUAGUACGUCAUCCGCACACCAAUGAAAUCAUCAUGUACACUAAAGGGGCUGAUUCAGCUGUUAUGGAGAAACUGGGGAAUGUUUUCUCAGUUGAAAGUGCAGCGAAGCGAAUUGCUGUGAGAACUCAAAAAGACCUUGACAUGUACGCCAGGGAUGGAUUACGAACACUGUGCUUUGCCAAAAAGGUUAUCAGUGAACAGGAGUUCAAGGCCUGGUUUACUAGCAGACAAGAGGCUUUGUCAGCCAUCGAUGAGAAAGAAGAACGCCUCAUGGAGACCGCAAAUGACAUUGAGAACAACCUCACUCUAUUGGGGGCCACUGGCAUUGAAGAUCGGCUCCAAGAAAACGUCCCAGAAACAAUUCAGGCUCUGAGACGGGCUGGCAUGCAGGUUUGGGUGCUGACAGGAGACAAACCCGAGACGGCUGUCAACAUCGCUUACUCCUGCAAGCUGCUGGACCAUGAAGACCUGGUGUUCACUUUCACCACAAACAAGAAGUCGGUGUGUAAAAUGCGAUUAGAAGAUACGCUGAGCGAGGUGCGACGAACUUGGGGCGGACUUGGUUUGGACCCCCAGUUUAGGGGUUAUAACUCAACAUUUACUGGCCCACUGAUGGAACCCAGUAUCGGGCUGGUGAUAGAUGGGCCAACUCUAAACAUGGCCCUGUCGGAGGACCUGGUGGAGCAAUUUGUGGAGCUCUGCAAACACUGCCGCGCAGUGCUCUGCUGUCGAGUGACGCCGCUGCAGAAGAGUAGUGUGGUCAAAGUUAUCCGGCAGAAACUGAGGGUCAUGACCCUUGCUGUAGGGGACGGCGCCAAUGAUGUGAACAUGAUUCAAGCUGCAGACGUUGGAAUCGGAGUUUCUGGACAAGAAGGCAUGCAGGCAGUCAUGGCUAGUGAUUUUGCCAUCACACGCUUCAAACACCUGCAAAGACUGCUGCUGGUUCACGGUCACUGGUGCUACUCAAGACUCGCCAAUAUGGUCAUCUAUUUCUUCUACAAGAAUGUGGCAUAUGUGAAUCUGCUCUUCUGGUAUCAGUUCUUCUGUGGCUUCUCCGGCACAGCCAUGAUCGACUACUGGCUCAUGAUAUUUUUCAACCUGUUCUUCACCUCUGCUCCUCCCAUCAUGUUUGGCAUAAUGGACAAGGAGGUGUCAGAUUCAACUUUACUGAGCCUGCCUGAGCUUUACAGGAGAGGACAGCACUCAGAGGGAUACAGACGUUCAACGUUUUGGAUUGCAAUUCUUGAUGCUUUCUAUCAGAGUCUGGUGUGCUUCUUUAUUCCAUACUGGACGUACAACGAUUCAGACAUCGGCAUCUUCUCAUUUGGCACUCCCAUGAACACAGUCUCUCUGUUCACCAUCAUCCUGCAUCUGGCCAUUGAAAUCAAGAGCUGGACGGUGGUACAUUGGGUGAUCAUGGUUGGCAGUGUGCUGGUUUACUUCAUACUGACUCUGGCCUACAGUGCCAUCUGCAUUAGUUGCAACCCUCCGUCUGACCCUUACUGGAUCAUGCACAAGCAAAUGGCCGAUCCCAUGUUUUACCUCGUCUGUGUUUUAACAACAGUUGUUGCUUUACUACCAAGGUACACCUUGCGUGUACUAAAGGGAACGCUGGCACCAUCUCUUCACCUCCGUGCACGGCAGCUGGAGCGUCUGCCCUCCUCCUGUCGAGAGCAGCAGAUCAGAGAGUGGCGUGGUUUCAGAGACACGUGUAUCUCUGCUUCUCUCAGCUCCACUGCCUGCCCCAGUGCAUGAACUACACAGCAUUCAGAGAAUGACAGUGAGUUCUGCAAUACAGAGAACUGCCAACCGCAACUGAUAUUUAUGUAUUGCACUCAUGGAUGCACUGCAGAAAGAGCAUCCAAUGGCGUUUGACACGCUUGUGUUGAUUUAGCCUGGAUUAUGGCAAGCCGUUUUAAGAUUCUGUCAAUAGACUGUACUUGAAUCCAUUUUUAUGCUACUAGUAGCUACCUAUUUUUAGACACUAGAUCCUUUUAAAAAUAUUAUUUAUUCAUUAGCCAGUAGUUCCUAUUUUUUAAGAUACUAGAACUUAGACACAAGUGGUUAGGCUAGUAUACAUGACAAGUCCUUAUUAAAAGAUAGCCUACUAAUAUUUAUUCAAAAGAUCCUAGAUACUAGAUUCUCAAUCAUCCCCAUCCACUGAAUUGGCUCUAUCACUGUCUCUCCACUCCACCUAUAGUGCCGUUGUCCUGUGUCUGCUGUCGCAUCAUCCAAAUGGAUGCUGCACACUGGUAGUGUGCUGUCAAUUUUGUGCUGUCAGUUGUCAAAUGAUUGUGUAAAAAUACACUAGUCAUCAAAUAGAAGUAACUUACUAUAAGUGAAGUCUGUUUUACUAGUUUGUUUUUGGAUUAUUAAUAUCAUUGUUUUAGCCAAUACAUAUGUUUAGAUGUCUAUUAGACAUCUUUUAAAUACAAAAAGUCUUGGGGAGCAGUACCUAUCUUUAAAUACCAACCCAUUCUGAAAACAUUUCUCUAUAUAAAUUUCUGGAGACUGCGUAAUACGUCCCAGGAGGUACGUUUUUUUUUGUUUUGUUUUGUUUUUUGCA